CUCUUUUCUCCUUUGCUGUAUCAGAAAAAACUCAAUACUCUCCAAUUCUAAAGCUCCGUUUCAAUGGAAACACUGAAGAAGAACCCCUCCGUAAGAAGAAAAGGCAAACUGGCGAGAACAUUCCAGAAAGUAUGCAACCUCAGAACAACCUCCACGAAGGUCUCCUCCAACAACGGAAUCGGAAUCUGUAUGUUAAAAUCACACAACAACCCAAACUUCGACGCCGACGGCAACGACUCCGACUCCUCCUCCUCCGUCUUCGAUCUCAAAAGCACUACCAGCAGCAGCAGGAGCGGCGAGCUCAAGACACGAGAGCGCCGCCGCGCCGUCUUCGAAGCCGUGGUGGCCAAGAUCUUCGCCAGCACGACCUCGAUCAAAGCCGCGUACGCCGAGCUCCAGAUGGCGCAGCGUCCGUACGACAACGCCGCGAUACAGGCGGCGGAUACGGCGGUGGUGGAGGAGCUCAGAGCUUUAUCUGAGCUGAAACGGAGUUUCUUGAGGAAGGAGCUGAAUAUCUCUCCUCAAGUGGCGGUUAUGCUCGCUGAGAUCCAGGAGCAGCAGAGCUUGAUGAGGACUUACGAGAUCACGAUCAAGAAACUUGAAACCGAAGCUGCGGAGAAACAGUUGAGAAUCGAGUCCUUAAAUAAGAAUCUCGAGGAGAUCUUGGCCGUUAAUAAAUCAGUUGAGAAGAAGCUAACGGAGAGUGGUUCUUCCGUUUCUCCGUUAGAUAACGUUACGAAUUUGAAUUUGAGCAGUUACGUUCAGGUUCUAGGGUUUACGUUGAGAUCCGUACGUAGCUUCGUUAAAUCUAUGGUUAAGGAGAUGGAAUCAGCGGGGUGGGAUCUAAACGCAGCCGCUUCAGCCGCGGUUCGAAACGCGUCGAGCGUUUUCGCACGCCCGAGCCACCGUUGCUUCGCGUUUGAAUCUUUCGUGUGUUGUAAAAUGAUGGAGAGUUUCGAAUCUCCUGAGUUUUCGUUACCUAACGAGAAACCGAGCCGUGAGCGGUUUUUUAACAUGAGAUCCGUCGACCCGGUUCAGUACUUGACCCGAAACCCGGGCUCCUCCUUUGCGAGAUUUGUGCUGCACAAGUACUUGAGCGUUGUGCACGCGAAGAUGGAGUGUUCGUUCUUCGGGAACUUGAACCAGAGGAAGCUGGUUAACUCGGGCGGGUUUCCGGAUUCGGGUUUCUUCGCUGCGUUUUGUGAGAUGGCUAAACGGAUCUGGCUUCUGCACUGCUUGGCGUUUUGUAUCAGCGAAAACGUCACGGUGUUUCAGAUUAAAAAAGGUUGUAGAUUCUCUCAGGUGUAUAUGGAGAGCGUGAAGUCAGGGGACGAGUCUCUCUUCUCCUCUGAUGAUAAUGCAGAUAUCCGGGUCGGGUUCACGGUUGUUCCCGGGUUUAAAAUCGGAGAUAACGUGAUACAGAGCCAGGUUUACUUAUCUCCGGUGACCGGUAUUCCUCCGCCGAGUACCUCAUGAAAAAAGAAACUCAGAAAGUUUAUUUUCACGCGUUGAGGGAUUGACACGCGCCGGCGAAUUAAAAAGAGCGGUGGCGCGUGUAAAGAGAAUGGUGGGACAUGAUUCAUUGGCAGCAGGACUGGCAUGUGGGACCUGUUUUGAAAGGGGUGAGAGAAUGUGACGGUGACAGAAAAUGGCGCGAAGGACAAUCAUCAUCAAAGUAGUUUAGUGACAGAAAAUGAUUAUAUGAGAAUUUUCCUUUUUUUUUCUUUAAGUUUAGGUUAUAAAACACAGCAAAGUAGAAUGGCAUGGAAGAGGAAUAGUAUUCUAUGUUUUUUUUACAUGUUAUAUAUAACUGAAAUUUGCUUACAGUGUCUGGAGUUGGUCGGGACCAUGCCUGUAAAUAGUUUUUGCAGCUAAAAUUAGUAUUAUUAUAAUAUGUUAUCUCGCCG